GCACUUCCUUGCGUCCGCUAGGAAGGCGGAAAAGCCAAGAGGUGGAGCGCCCGGUCCCUGUCCCACCAGCCUUCGGGGUGGCUGCUGGCCUCUCGGGCCGGGCCCCCUCCGAGCCGUGGGCCAUGGCGUCGGAGGGGCCGCGGGAACCUGCAGGCGAGGGCAUCAAGUUGUCAGCAGAUGUCAAACCAUUUGUCCCCAAAUUUGCUGGGCUCAGUGUAGCAUGGUUAGAGUCUUCAGAAGCACCUGUGUUCCCUAGCUGUGCAACAACUUACUAUCCCUCCUGUGUUCAGGAACUACCAGUGCCUGAGCAAAAACUCUAUCCUGAAGAUAUGGCCUUUGGAGCUUCAACAUUUCCACCUCAGUAUUUAUCUUCCGAGAUGGCUCUUCAUCCAUACACUUAUUCUCCUUACACCCUGGAGUCUACACAAAAUGUUUGCCCAGUGCCUGACUCCCAGUAUGAUUACAGCCAACCCAGUUGUUACCAGGGUUAUCAGAUGGUAAAGCCACAAUAUGAGCACAUGUGCCCUCUCUCACAAGACACAAAAGCUCUGUUUAAGAAAAAAUGUGGUGAACAAAAAUUCGACAGUAAGAAGGCUGGUGGAACUAUAUCAUCUGAUAUAAAGUCAGUAAAAGGUUCACAUCAUAUGUCCAUUCAUGCUGACACUAAUUUGAAAUCAGAUGGUUACCAUAAACGAGCAGACAAGAAACCCAGUAUCAUUGAAAAAAGUGGACCUGCCUCCAAACCUGAGUUUGAAUUUACCGGGUUGGAUUUUCCUGAACUGCAGGGUGCAGAGAACAGUGUGAUGUUAGAGACACCAAAACAGCCAAAGUGGGGGCCUUUACGCUCAGCCUCUACCAACACUUCUCUUGUAAGAGAAGUAGUGAAACCCACUGUAGUGUUAACAGAGGGUGAAAUAGUGGUGAAAAAUAAUAAUCCAACUGACUCUGUAACUGAUAAUGCUGCUACCAUUCCCUCUUCAUGUACAAGAGAGUUAUCCUGGACGCCAAUGGGUUAUGUUGUCCGGCAGACAUUACCUACAGAACUGUCACAAGCCCCUAGAAAUGUUACUUCUGUGAUAAACCUAAAGACGGUUGCUUCAUCGGCAGAUCCUAAAAAUGGUAGCAUGUCAGCUUCUCAAGUUUUAUCAUCACAUCUUUCUUACAACAGAGAGAAACCUGUUGUCCAUCCUACUAAAAAGUCCAAAGCAUCACAAGGUGGUGGUCCUGAGCAACAUGAAGCCUCAAGGAAGAAUAAGAAAAAAGAAGAAAAGUCUAAAUCAAAAUAUGAAGUCCUGACAGUUCAGGAGCCACCAAGGAUUGAAGAUGCUGAGGAGUUUCCCAAUCUGGCAGUUGCAUCUGAAAGAAGAGACAGAGUAGAGUCACCAAAAUUUCAAUCUAAACAGCGGCCACAGAAUAAUUUUAAAAGCAGUGGAAAGAAGAGCCAAAUUCCAGUACAGUUGGAUCUGGGAGGAAUGCUGACAGCACUGGAAAAGCAGCAGCAUUCUCAGAAUGCAAAGCACUCCUCCAAACCAGUGGUGUUCUCAGUUGGGGCAGUGCCUGUCCUUUCCAAAGAGACCAUGUCGGGGAAGAAGGGCCACCACUUCAGCCCGGUGAAGACACCACACAACCCUUUGGACUCCAGCGCCCCACUGAUGAAGAAAGGGAAGCAAAGGGAGGUUCCCAAGGCCAAGAAACCGACCUCGUUAAAGAAGAUUAUCUUGAAAGAACGGCAGGAGAGAAAGCAGCAGCGUCUCCAAGAAAAUGCUGUGAGCUCAGCUUUUACUAGUGACGAUGUGCAAGAUGUAGAGAGCAGUGGUGAUGACCUGACCCUUGAGCAAGCUCCAGGGGAAGCAGAAGCGUCACUGUGCUCCGCUCGUGAGAGCAAGUCAGAAGAGCCACUGGGAGCUGAGAUUCAUAAGGAGGCGGAGACCUACCACCUGGGCCCUGAUGGCACUGGCUGCCCCAAGAUCCACAGCCGGAGAUUCAGGGAUUACUGCAGCCAGGUGCUCAGUAAAGAAGUUGAUGCCUGUGUUAUGGAUCUGCUGAAAGAGCUGGUCCGUUUCCAAGACCGUAUGUACCAGAAAGAUCCCAUCAAGGCCAAGACCAAACGCCGGCUUGUGCUGGGGCUGAGAGAGGUGCUCAAACAUCUGAGGCUCAGAAAGCUGAAGUGCGUCAUCAUCUCUCCCAACUGUGAGAAGAUACAGUCGAAAGGUGGGCUGGAUGACACCCUGCACACCAUUAUCGAUUACGCCUGCAAGCAGGACAUUCCCUUCGUGUUUGCUCUCAACCGCAAAGCUCUGGGGCGCAGUUUGAACAAAGCUGUUCCUGUCAGCGUGGUGGGGAUCUUCAGCUAUGAUGGGGCCCAAGACCAGUUUCACAAGAUGGUCGAGCUGACAGUGGCAGCACGGCAGGCGUACAAGACCAUGCUGGAGAAUGUGCGCCAGGAGCUGGCGGGAGAGCCUGGUCCCCAGACUUCUGUUGAGCUGCCUGCGCAGGGCCCCAGCUGCUCUGCAGAAGACAGCUCCCCAGCUCCCUCUAAAACAGAAGAGCCACACUACAUUGAAAUCUGGAGAAAACAUCUGGAAGUGUACAGUCAGUGUGCCUUGGAGCUAGAAGAAUCGCUGGAGGCUUCAACCUCUCAGAUGAUGAAUUUGAAUUUAUAAGAAUUCUUUUGUGUGUUUGUGUAUUUGGGGUAAGGAGGGAGGUCUGAACUGUGGGGCCCUUCUUAGUUCUUCAUUGACCUAGUAUGUCUGUAAUGCCAUUUUUUUGGGAAGUUACCCAGUGCGAAGUGCACGGGAAGCAGCCUUUGUGGCAUCCAGGGCUGCAAGUCCCACAAAUGGGCACUUGAGUAUUGUGAAGGAAACCUUUUCCAAAAGCCUUGGGAUACAGCCUUGGCCCUCCGAGCACACCGAGUCUGGAAAACACUGGAAAGCUUGGUACUCCAAGUCCUCUGCUGCUGAGGAAACAUCCUGUCCGUUGCAGAAGAGCUGAGCCAAAUUAGUUUGCAGAAAACAGGGCAGUGUGGCUGAUGUUCUCUCAGUCCCAGUGACCCAGCCCUGCAUGGAGCCAGUGUUAGAGCAGGAGGGCGGGGAAGGCCCCUUCUCAGGACCUGCCUGGCCUUGCCAACUGGAAGAUUUGGGGAUACUUGGAGAGUUUGCUAAAAUGAGCCUCAGAAGAAAAAAUUGGUUUUCUAACCUGUGACCUUUGACAUGAAUUAUUUCCUUUAGUUUUUAUUUUUCAAGGAAACUAUAUAUAUUAAAGUUCCUAAUUUUCAGUUUUGAUAAUCUACAGAUCUUUUCUUUCUUUUGUAAAUGAACAUAUUCUAAAUGUGAUUUCUAUCUCAGAAGCCAGGAGGCAAGAAGUUUACUUUCGUAUUUUCCUGUAAGAGGGCUUAUUUAUUUUGAAUAAAGAGUGAUUAUUUAAUUUCCUUGGA